UAAUUAUUAAAAACUUUUGUAGGAAUGCUGCAUCAUUGUCCUCUUCAGCGGGCAUCUGCAGAAAUGCGACGGACAUUCAUAAAGGUAAUGUGGCUUCGCCGUCAUUUACUCGCACGGGGGCAUCCAGAAACGAACCCGAAAUUCAUAAAGUGAAUGUUGCUGCAUCACUUUCACCUUCGUUUGAUACUCGCAUUGGGAGGGCACACAGAAGCGCAAUUGAGAACAAGAAAGGGAAUGUGUCUGCAACACCAACUUCGUCUGGUACUCGCACGAGGGCACGCAGCUGCGCAACUGGGAACAAUAAAGAGAAUAUGGCUGCAACACUUUCGCUUUCAUUUCCUCGCACGAGAUCACACAGCAACGCAACCGAUAUUCAUCCAAUGAAUGUUGCUGCAUCACUUUCACUUUUACCCGGUACUCAUAAACGCCAUAGGUCUGCUUCAGUUCUCAAAGCAACUGAGACUAAUGUAUCUAACACUGACAGUGAUAAGGCCCCUGUUGCAAAGAGAGUCAAGACCAACAUCCAGGCAAGCAGCAGCAGGUCCGUUCUGUCAUGGAAAACAGAGACUGAUAUUGAUGUGGUUCCACACACUUUGCGUUUCUUUCCUGCACGGGAACCUGGACCACAGCUGAGUCCUGCAGACGCACACACACCCCUGAGUCUCUUCAAAAUGUUUUUUCCUGAGGAUGCAGUUUCAACUCUUUGCCAUAACACCAACGCUCAGGCUGCCAGGGCAAAAGCAAAGGGUUCCAAGUAUAAAUGGAAAGAUGUCAGCGUCACUGAGAUGUACCGCUACAUUGGACUACUAUUUUAUAUGGCCAUGGUAAAGUUGAUCUCCAUCAGGGACUACUGGAGACAGGACGAUGUUUUAGUUAAAUAGGAACUGUUUUGAACAAUGGCACGACAACAUUUAACUCCAUUCUCAAAGAUUUACAGAUGGUUUACAAAUUUAUAUCUUAUUUUUUAUAUUGUUAUAUUGUAUUUUUAUAUAAUUAUUUUUAGAAGCACACCAAACUGUACAUUCACAGCUGACAUUUAGAAUAAUUUUCUUUUAAUUAGAGCCAUAUUGUACUGGUCAUAUAAAAUAUUGUUAUAUGUAUACAUAUUGUUACUUUAUUGUUUAUAAUUACAAUGAAGCUUCUUUUAUUUAUAAUUACAAUAAAGCUUCUUAACUCUAUUGUAUUGUUCAUGUUU